AUGUCAGCCGAAGUUAAAGCAUAAUUAGCAGAAUCUCUUAAUUCUAUUCACGAUACUUACUAACUCAAAUUAAAGACUUUGUAAUUAAGAUAUCAAUCUUCAUUUGAUGAAUUGAAAUCAGGCAUAGAAAAUUUAGAAAAGUAAGUAGAGGGAUAUUUGGCUCAAGACAGCAAUUCUGGUGAUCAAACUAAAUCACAAUUUAAUUUGAACUCUUCAUUACAAUCUUCAUCUUUAUAAUCUACUUAAUAUAUUACCAAUUUAGGAAGCACAUUAGGUAUUUCAAACAUAACUACUACCUAAUAAAAUAAAUGA